AGCCCACACAGUCCGUCCUCGCGCCCUCGUGCCACCAUGUCUCGCCGCGCCGUCAUCGUAUCAACCGCACGAACCGGCCUCACCAAGUCCUUUCGCAGCGGCUUCAACAACACGCACGGCGCAGUCAUGCAAGGGCACGCGAUCAAGCACGCCAUCGAAAAGGCGGGCAUCAGCCCGGGCGACGUCGAGGACGUUAUCAUUGGCUGCGGCUUCCCAGAGGGCGCGACCGGGAUGAACAUCGCGCGCAACGCGGCGCUAUGGGCCGGCUGCCCAGUCACCACCUCGGGCACGACCAUCAACCGCUUCUGCUCCUCAGGGCUGCAGGCGGUGGCGUCGGCUGCGCACUCGGUGAUGGUCGACGGCGUGGACGUCGCGAUCGGCGGCGGGGUGGAGAGCAUCUCGAUGGUGUCGCCCGUGGCAAGCAAAACCACCGUCACCGAGGAGAAGCUGAUGAGCGAGUUUCCCGCCCUGUGGAUGCCCAUGAUUGAGACGGCAGACAUUGUCUCUGCCCGGUACGGCAUCUCUCGCGAGGCGCAGGACGUUUACUCCGUCGAGUCGCAGCGACGCACCGCCGCGGCUCAGGAGGCGGGCCUCUUCAAGGAUGAAAUCGUGCCGAUGCAGGCGACGAUGCUCGUCACAGACAAAGAGACCGGCGAGACGUCCCACAAGACGGUGCUCGCGGAUCGCGACGAGUGCAACCGGCCCGGCACCACGCUCGAGGCCCUCGCGGGGAUGAACCCCGUGCGAAGCAAGGUGGACCCGUCCGCCUUCAUCACCGCCGGCAACGCGUCGCAGCUGUCGGACGGCGCUUCUGCGUGCGUCGUCAUGUCCGAAGCCGAGGCGUCGAGGCGCGGGCUGCAGCCGCUCGGCGCCUUCAAGGGCUUCGCGGUGGCGGGCUGCGCGCCCGACGAGAUGGGCAUCGGGCCGGUGUUUGCCGUGCCUCGCCUCCUCGCGCGGCACGGCCUCAAGGUGGACGACAUCGAUCUGUGGGAGCUCAACGAGGCCUUCGCAGUGGUGCCGCUCUACUCGAUGCAGCAGCUCGGCAUCGACCACGCCAAGACCAACGUCAACGGCGGCAGCAUCGCGAUCGGCCACCCCUUUGGCAUGACGGGCUCGCGGAUGGUCGGCCACGCCCUCCUCGAGGGCAAGCGCCGCGGCGCAAAGAGCGCGGUCGUCACCAUGUGUAUUGGCGGCGGCAUGGGCGCGGCGGGGCUGUUUGAGAUCUUCUGAGGGGCUCGAGACUUGGCGCGAGGCGGUCUCUAAGGAAGCCCGCUCGCGGUGAGGCAGGCCCAACAGCGACGGGAACGCUUGGGUUUCACGCCGCGCGGCGGCGCCUGAUUGUUGCGCGCCCUUUCGCGGGGGCCCGGCAGGACGCGCGUUGGCCAAACUCUGCGGGUCGGCACGUCACGCACGCGAUGGGAAUGUCACUCCGUGUGAGAGCAAUUUCAAGAGACCAGCGGCCCGGUCUCGCAGAUCGUUUGUUUAUGUCGUGCGAGAGGUCGUUUUUACUAGUUACCUUGCGUUAUUGUGUGUUGAUCGGGGGUCCUCGACGGCUUCU